AUGGAGAACAGACAACGACAGUUGGGCCGAGCGGAGUCAAGGUUGUCAGACAUUCUUGUAUUGCCGCUGGAGGCGGUUGAGAUUGCUGGGCAAUGUCGUGAUCAACUUACGGGCCAGUUCAGAGACUGGCUUUGUUUUCCACCUCUGUCAUAUCUUUUCCAAGUCCGCUUCUCUGCGGAGCAGUUCGUCAAAGACGUUUGUGGAACAUUACGGCUCGAACGGGUAAGAGCUUCAGUCACGUUAGUCGACAAGAAGGAGACCGAUGAAGAGGCACAGACGCGACGGAAGAGCGUAUACGAGUCUUUGGUAUCGAAACCCUGGGGGUUCUUGACAGGACAGGAGGAGAAAGACAUGGGAGGCAUCCCUGUGUUGAAAGUGAAGUUGCGAGUAAACGAAGUAUUCGGUUUUCAGUGUCUUCUGAUGUUAAUGCAUUUUCAUGUAUUUGUGCAGAAGAUCAUUGAGAUGACAGAGGUCUUUGGUACGAGCGAGCCAAGUUUUGAUUCGGUCCGCAUCUCCAAGAAUAAGCUAGACUGCGUGCUAGCUAGCGUUCUACAGGUUUUCAUCGAACGUGGGGGCGGUCAGAAUGAGUGUGUUAUUACUUCGUAUGUUGAAACAGGUUUCCCAAUCUAG